AUGUUAGCCAGUUUAAACUCUGGACCAUACCGCAGCAGCGGUUGCCGCUCGAUCGAAAUGGGUCUAAUCCUGAUAUGGGUAUUGGCGCCUUUGAUUAAAGAAUGUUCUCCGCCUUUUUCCUCCACCUACCGGGCUAGGCUGGGUGGAGCUGGAUAUCGUGUUCUUGCAAGGCUAGACCAUAGGCGCCCGAGGCGGUAUUCCCAUCUUGUGGUUAUGGGGAUAAAAUUUCUCUCUUCUUCUUACCCGCUUGAUUUCUGGUUGGGUAAGGGACGACCACUCAGUCCAGAAGCUCAUGGGCGUUUGGUGAGACUCCUUCGAGCCAAACUUAAGCCCCGGGAGCUGAUAUUGCCCCCGAUGAGCUGUUCGAGACUGAGGAAUCUAGAUAUUUCCUGGAGUACUCUCUCCUUUAUGGAUGGAUGCGCCAGUGGUUAA